AUGAGUGGCUUUGGUGACGCUGAAAAACUCAGAGCAGCAAGAGAGCUGGCUCAGAGUUUUUCGAGGACAAAAGACCCCAAGAAGAGGAACAUUGGCGGCAGCAGCUUGGGGCCCCGGAAGGAACACUCUGAACCUUACCGUCAACAACCAGCAAAACAGACUCGAUACGGUCAGAUUCCUGCGCCGUCAUGGCAGGGUCCUACGCAGGGUUCUACGCAGGGUUCUACCUCAUCUAGCAGUUCAAUCCCACCGCCCAGCCAGAGGGACUACUCUUCUCUAUCGUCGUUCUCGACUGGAGGAGUACGAAAAUCGGUCAUCGGAAGUUCGGGGCUGGAUUUUCUCAAGGCAUCGGGUGCCAAGUCGCGGGAUGUCGAGAAGCCUCCAACGGGCCCAGUGCCCAUCGUUAGCGAAGCAGCCAAUGUUGACCAACAAGCUGAGAGUACCGGCAAUGGUUCAGCGAUAGAUGGUGCUUCUUCCUCCACUUCGCCACAGCCAACAGAAGGUAUCUCACGUGGGAACAUUCUUGACGCCUUUUUGUCUAUCGUGGCGAAAAAGCCGAGUAUUGGCCAGGAAAUCGACACUCUGACUAAAAUGAUACCAAAAGCAAUGGACCUCAAUGCGCCAGAACCAGUGGCUGAGGCCACUACGCCAAAAGGCCAAUCCAACGGCGAUAAGCCCAAAAGAUCUGAAGCCGGAACAAACCAAAAUUCAGGAUUAGGCCACUCACAAUCGGAAAAGCCCUCCCCAGUCGCAGCGGCGGCUGUCUCCAGCAAUGGUAGAGAUCAGGGACAAACUGCUGGUACAAAUGGAGCGCCCAUAUCUCCCUCCACAAAGGCAAAAGGAUUGUCGGCCUCAGCAUGGGCAUAA